AGCAAGGCCUUCUAUAGCUGGCUUGCAGAGGUUAUUGAAUUUGGUUGUUAUUACCGUAGGAAUCAAAGACCUACACACCCAGGCAUUAUGGCACAGGUUGGACUUACCAUGGGUGCACGUCAUAUACCUGCCAGCAUGCGGAAAGUUGGUUAUGGUACUAGCUAUUAUCGGAAAUUAUCUGAUGAAUCCAAGCAGUUGCAUGACGAGGAUGCUAUUGCCGCAUCUGGCAUCUUUUGGUCAAUGGCUUUGUCCACUAUGCCUGCUGAAGUAACUGCACCAAUGGUAGAAAUACUCAGUAACUGCAACAUUCCCCAUAUGGCUACUCAGUAUGUAGCACCUGGGAAAGGUUUUCACCUACAAAUUGGUGAAAGACACAUGAUUUAUCCUAAUGUAAACAGGGCUCCCCCAGAGCUCUAUAUGAUCAGUGGUUAUUCAGCG